AUGCUGCUCGUCGCGCUCUCAGUCCCUGCCCUGCGCGUCGGCACGCUGCGCAUGCAGCAGUCUGAGGACGCCGCCAAGGCCGCCUGGCUCGCCCGCACCGCCGCUGACGCUCCGUCGUGGGGCCCGAAGGGCGGCACUCCCGCGUCGACCACGAUGAGCGAGGUCGCGGGACAGGCGUCGGCGCUGCUCGCCCUCACCGAGGACUGCGACUCUGGCGUCGAGGCAGCGUGCGACACUCUGUCGCGCGAGGAGGAGGCCAAGCGCGCCUGGCUGGCCAGCCUCGACGUCCCGGCAUGGGGCGCGGCCGCCGCUGCCGUCUCGGCGGUCGCCUCCCAGGUGAGUGCACCUGCUGCGGUGUCGGAGGAGGAGGCGAAGCAGGCCUGGCUCGCCCGCCUCGACGCACCGACCUGGGGCAAGGGCGUCGUCUCCCCGACCGGCGGCGCGGCGGCCUCGCCGGCGAGGCUGUCGGAGGACGAGGCCA